AAAGGGAGAUACUAAGCAACCAAUUUUGGAAUCUUACUUUUUCACCCCUCCCCUUUUCUCACUUUUCCCACUUAAACCGAAAUUGAACUUAUUUAAUUUCCCCGGCCCCCAGAGCUAUUUGCUAAUUGUUAACCUACAGUACACUUUUAGCAAUAUGACUGGUAGCGUGAUACAGGUGGAGUCAGAUGACCACUACAGACAGGAGGUACAGAAGUACCAGGGCAAGGUGAUAGUGGUAGACUAUUUUGCCACGUGGUGCGGACCUUGUGUCAGGAUCGCUCCUACUUUCUCACAGCUAGCUGCCAAGUUCAAGGAGAGUGUAUUCCUUAAAGUGGACGUGGAUAAGUGCAAGGACACUGCAGAACUGCAAGCUAUCAGUGCUAUGCCCACAUUCCAUGUUUACAAAUCCUCUGCUAAACUGGAGGAGCUUCGAGGAGCAGAUCCAGUAGCACUGGAGAAGAUGGUUGAAAAACACUGUACCGGAGCAAGUGGUGGGGCGGACCAGAGCGGAGCACCAGGCGGGUUUAUGGAUUUGAACACUUUCCUGGACAUGAGUAAGAGCGAGUGUUUGAAUGAGAGUGAUGAUCACACUUUCCUGGGAGCUCUAAAAGAGGAGGAGGGAUUUCUUGAGUCUGACUGCGACGAACAACUUCUCAUAACUCUAGCGUUUAAUCAACCAGUCAGGAUACACAGUUUAGCUCUCAGAGGUCCCAGUGACGGACGAGCUCCUAAAACCGUUAAACUCUUCAUCAACCAGACCGCCAUAGACUUCGACAGCGCUGAAAGAGGUGUAGGGGUUCAGGAGUUAAGUUUAACUAAAGAUGACAACGCUGAGGGAGCACUUAUUCCUCUGAAAUACGUCAAAUUCCAGAACGUGGUGUCCCUGACAGUGUACAUUCACGACAAUCACGCUGGAGACGAAGUGACAGUUGUAAACUACAUCAGUGCAGUGGGGCAACCUCGCGAUAAGACGGAAAUGAAGGAUUUCAAACGAGUAUCCGGUCAGAAGGGGGAGGUUCACGGCUAAAUGCUGUGGAAACAUGUGACACCCUCAUGUGGGAACACG